UACGUGUCUCGUUCAGUAAAAUAUUUAGUCUCUUAUUUCUUUUCAAGUUUAGAUACAAUGCUUCUAAGUCGGGUUUACCGGUAAUGUCUACAUCGGUUGACACGAAUCUGUUCUGAGUCAAAAAAUGAGUGCCUUAAAAAAUCAUGUGGAUUCCGAAAAGCCGGGAGAAUCUACUGUGUCAACUCGAAGUGAAGAAAAAAAGUUUAAGAAACGAGGCGGCACAACAGAUAAGGGCAGGGAUUACGAGCAUCUGUAUCUGGCACAUUUAAUCUUAAAACUGACCCUUGAUGAUGAUGUCGAAAAUUUUUAUUUAUCGUCGAAUGACGAAGAAUUUGGGGAUUUCGACGACGUUGUGGUUGAAAUUGUAUUGAAAAAUCGUACGGAAACAUAUGCAAUACAGUUGAAACACAUCGAGAGGAAAACUACUUUAGGAAGAGCUCAGCUGACCGCCAAGACAGGGAAGAGAAAUUUUAGCAUCGAGAAAUAUUAUGACACUUUCAGUAAACAUUUAAAACUGCAACAAAAUGUUAAGAUGAUUUUAUUCACCAAUACUUCGUUAAAUAGUAGUGAUGUAAAACAGUUAGAUUUCCAUCAACUGACUGUAGACUUUAUUCCAAGCGAAGUAAGUAAAUUGUUGACUUCGUCGUCAAGAAAACUUUGCUGUCACACAAUCAACAAAACUCAAACAAACUCAAGUGAAUAUGAUCAGUUUUUCGAAAAUUUUUAUGUCUAUACGGAUCAAGCAGAUGUUAGGCAGCUUGUCAAGGAUGUACGUGAAAUCUUCAAGAAAAAUUUUAUGUGUGAUGAAUUCGUCUGCAAUCAGUACGUACACUUUAUAACCCAGUGGAGUAUGACAAAUGGAAGAAAACUGAAACUAUAUAAAACAUGGAUGAAGCGUUUAAUUGCUUUGUGUGUUUUAUCACCCCAUAUCAGACCAUUGUCAUUUGACUCCACGAAAUCUGUCAACAAAAAAGAGUCGAUCCUUAGAGACGUAAUUUCAAAAUUCGACAUCACCAGUAUUGAUGACAGAAAUUACGAGAGGAUUAGUCACCUAUGGUCAAACACCAUUAAUGAAUUACAAGAUUUAACAGAAGUGACGAAAAUUAAUGGUAAAUAUUUCCUUUGCCUAGAGAAGCUCGAAGUCAAAGAUCUGUUCAACGCAGAUCCGUCAAAGGUGAAUAAGUUGAUGUGGCUGCUGGACAAGUGUCCUCUGGUUGUUCAAGAAUGUCCACAAGUUUACCGAACAUUUAAAUUUUGCUGCGAAAAUCUAAUCCUACUGAAAGCAACAAAACCAGUUGACGAGAAGUGUAAAACUAGAAGUAGUCAAAAAGUGUUUGAAAGACUGUCCGAUUUGAAAAAAGAAGUGAUGCUGUACCAAAAACUUCGGAGGACUUUCACCUAUUCUAUUGAGGGACAAAAGGAGACUGCUUUGACGUAUCUAUUGCAAGCCUGCGACGAAAUCGAAUCUGUUAUCACUUUAGAUAAACUGGUGGAAAUGCUAGAAGGUCCGUUGGCGAUAGGUGACCAGAAAGAAGUUCUACCACCUAGUCAUAUCGAAAGAAAUCUGACAAAGAUUUUAAUAAACUUGGAAUUUUUGAAACGUAAUUUAAAAAAAAAGGUUAUUUUUGUUAGUGGUGUUGUGGAUUUUAAAAGUUUCAAGAAACUGCUACCCGAUAUAGAAAUAAAAGAAAUAUCAAAUAUAGAAAGAGAAAGGAUGAAGCGCUUCUACCGUGGAGAUAUUUAUAUAAGCAAGAACCACUUUUCACUAAAACAAUUCAAUACUGUUUUCAACAAGAAUCCAGAAGUUGAAGUUCACCACUGCCGCUAUUUUAACAAUCAGUAUUUGGAGUGGAUAAGAAGUGAACAUUCACAAGGACAACGCUUUAACGAACUCAAAAAAUUUCGUUUGAACGAUGAAUUCAACGUGUAUACGUUGCACCAGUCUCAACUUUUUAACAGUGGAGAGCAAGAUAUCAACAUUAUCUGUGCUGAACCAGGUAUGGGGAAAAGCACGUUGAUGAAGAGCUUAAAAACUAACACUUCUUCUGCAACAUGGACGAUCGUAAUCUAUGCCAGAAAUCACUUUACUCACUUUAGAGAAAAUGGGGCCGACGUUGAAAAGUUCAAGGAAUAUAUUUUUACCAACGUUAGAAAAAAGUGCUCCAACAUCGACCAACAAGUAUUCAAAGCAAUGCUGGAGCGAAAUAACAUACAAGUAAUUUGGGAUGGUCUGGACGAAGUUACAGAUGCCACUCUAGAAGCGAUUUUAACUUUAGUACAGACUUUAGCACAAAGCGGGGUACAACAAUGGUUAACAUCACGGAACAACUUGAAAACUAAACUGGAAAACAGGUUAGGUAGUUUUUCGCGAAAUAUAAAACAAUUCGACGACGAAGAACAACGAAAAUAUCUGAAAGAACGUUUGGAAAUUCCGGCGGACGAUUUAACCGCGACGUUUAUUAAAAUUAAGAAAAAUCUUAUGUCUUUUCCAAAUUACGAAAUAUUGGGCAUUCCUCUGCAGAUUUAUAUGCUGACUGAAUUGUUUUUAAAAGACAAGGAAAAAUAUUUGAAUUUAUUAGAUAGCGUUUUUACCGUGCUCGAUUUAUAUCGACAUUUCGUAGACGAAAAAUUUAAAGUUUUUUAUCAAGAAAAGAGUAAACUUGAUUUAUCUGUGGAGCAUAUAUUUCAACAAUUUGAAGACGAAAAGGAAACUAAACUCAAGUGUUACAAAACUGUAGCUGCUCGUUGUUACUUAGACAAUCUCUCUGUGACAAUAAUCGAUGCAAACUACAAACAUCAAUUACAAAGUUUUUUGGAAACGAUAGAAAAUAAGGGAGAUGCUGUAGGGUUUAUAUGUAGAGUUGCAAGUAAUGGAGGUGUUGAAUUUAGUCACAACUCGUAUGGCGAAUAUUUCGCAGCUAUGUAUCUUUUUGACAUUGACCCAUCGGUAGUACGCGAUAACAAAUUCAUCUCUGACGGUCACUUCGAUAAUAUCCGAUUUUUUUUAGAUUUAAUGCUAUGCAAAAAUUCUAAAGGUUUUAUCGCUGUAGUAUACAAGAACCCUAUACUUUUAGAUGAAUGCACUGAUCUAGAUUUGGACCAAAAAGAUUUGAUCGGUCGCGAUAUAUUAGAAGUGGCAUGUGCUCGUAUCAAAAAUUAUACUUGUGCAACACGUAUAAUUAAAGAUGGCAAUUUCGACAGAGACUGGGUAAUUUAUAAUGGAGACAUAGGUGUAUUACACUAUAUGCAAAUAUCAGAUCCUUUUGAUGAAAUUAAUACGUCAAUCGACAUUCGUACCAAAAAAUUACUGCUAUUCUUUCCUUUUUUAAUUCCAGAUUACGAAAAGUAUUCCCUCGAUAAAAAUUAUCUAACACUGAUUGUCUAUUAUGCCAUCAGAUUUGAUUUUGUGGUGAUUUUUGACUACGUUAACCAUUCUCCUAAAUUGAAGGAAGCAUUUGAUAGCAUCAAUUUCGCCAGCAUUUUAAGCCUGGCAAUGUAUUACAGAUCCCAACGUAUCCUAGAACAACUUUUCUUAAAUGACCGAUCUUAUCGCGAAAUUCCUUCCAUAAACUCUCUAGGUCCUGAUUCUCUUGUGAUAGACGAAAUAUUCGUUUAUAUUUUGUUAAAUGUAGAAAUCAGAUUAGAUAUUCCAAAUUCCAAAGGUCAGUUUCUAACACACUAUGCUACCACGCACAACUUGCACAAGACGCUCACAUUGUUAAAUGCAAAAAAUGCUAAAUGGGAUGUUUUUGAUUCAAAUGGUCGGUUUGCAAUCCACAAUGCUUGUUUCGAAGGAAAUGUGGUCACACUAAAAUUACUAAUCAGUUUUGGUUGCGAUAUAAAUAUUCCGGACGCAAAUGGUUGCUGCCCUAUCCACUAUGCCUGUAAACAUCACAAAACACAGUUAGUACAAGUUUUGAUAGAUAAUGGUGCAAAGAUAAAUGUCCCUGAUUCCAAUGGGCAGCUUCCAGUACAUCAUAUUUGCAAAAGGGGCAAUAAAAAGAUGUUGAAGCUCGUAGUAAAAAAUGGGGCGAAAACAGAUGUUGUGGAUGCAAAUGGUAUUUUACCCUUACAUUACGCUUGUGAAAAUAUACAUAUCGGUAUAAUCGAAUUUCUAGUUAUUAGUGGUGCUGAUAUAGAUGCUUUAGACAAGUACGUUCAGUUAUUAAUAUAUCCCGUGUGUAAACAAGGAAACAUAAACCUCCUGAAGUUAUUAAUAGCAAAAGGUGCAGAUUUAAAUGUUCUUGAUUCAAAUGGUUGGUUGCCACUAGAUUAUGCGAUUGCUACUGGAAAAUUAGAUCUCGUAAAUCUUUUGGUGACGAAUGGUGCGAAGGUCAAUUUUCCUAAUGACAAAACUCCAUUGCUGUUACAGAAUGCUUGUAAAAAGAAACAUUUAGAUGCAAUUAGCUUUUUGUUGGAGAAUGGUGCUAAAAUGGAUGUUCCUUACAAAGAUAGUCAGUUGCCGAUGCAUUACGCUUGCCAAAAAGGGUAUGUCGAAGUAUUAAAAAUACUGAUAGCAUAUAGUGAGAAAAAAAAUACUCCAGAUGCAUCUGGUGUACUGCCUUUGCAUCGUGCUUGUUUCACUGGUGACGUGGAAAUACUAAAUCUCCUUCUAGAUGAAGAUGCAAAAGUAAAUAUGCCGGAUUCACAUGGUAAUCUACCGAUGCAUUAUGCGUGUCUCAAUCGCGAUUUUGGUCUUCAAAUAAUGUCACUUCUACUAGAGAAACAUGCUGAUGUCAAUGUUCCUAACGCAAAAGGCCAUCUACCGAUACACUUUGCGUGCGAACCAAAUGACAGGAUACUUUCAGAUUUGAAAAAUGACAAACUAUUGCUUUGGUUUAUGCGAAAUUGGUCGCAAGUGUGUAACAAGGCAGUGAAAUUUUUGCUGGAGCAUGAUGCCCAUUUAGACAUUCCAGACACAAAUGGUCUGCUGCCGAUUCAUUCCGUGUGCAAAUGUGAUGAAAUGGAUUUGGUAGAAUUACUAGUAAAGAAUGGCGUGAGUGUAAAUGCUUCUGAUGCACAUGGACGGUUACCGAUUCAUUACGCUUGUAGCAACUCUUCUUAUAAUGAUGAUGUUGUAUCGUUUUUAAUUAAAAACGGUGCGUGUGUGAAUGUGGGCGACAUAGAUGGAGUGUUGCCUAUACAUCUAGCUUGUGAGCAAGGUACUUUAAAUAAAGUAAAAUUACUAGUAGCACAUGGUGCAGAUACAAAUAUUCCAGAUAAGAACGGGUGGUUGGCGCGCGAAUAUGCACUUAAGUAUUGCAAUCCUCGUAAAAUAGUUGAUUUUUUGGAAACUUGUAGCAAGGAUCAAUAAUUCCCUACAUUAUGCAAUCCUAAAUUUAUCAUUAAGGUCUUUUAAUCUACAGUUCAAGUGUUCGUUGAAGAACUGCAGCAGAAUGCCCAAGCUUUUGAUUUUUUUGUAGCUUUUAAUGCACCAUGAUGUUUCAAUAAAAUCACUAAAUGUGUUUAAAAUUAAA